AUGCCUGCAAAGGUGCCGACAUCACUAUCGCAUUUUACGAAAGCUGGCACGGUGCAUAUCAGGAUGACCGAUAUCAAAGAGCCCCAGACCACGAUGCCUGUUUGGUUCGAACAAAACCCCUCACACGACCAUAUUCCUCCCGAGACCCAGCGGCUUCUCGAAACGUGGAGUGGAAUCCCAUCAGAUGACGUACUUGAUCAUGUUGUCCAACUUCGUGAGAAAGCCUGGAAGGUUCAUCCAUAUCCUUGCAUUGGGCAGUUUCGGUUUCUCGAUCCCAGUUUUUCCGAGCUCCCGGACGAGCGCAAAGAGAUUGUGGAACGCCUACGCAAAGGUCAAAAGCUGCUAGACAUGGCUUGCUGCGUUGGCCAGACUAUUCGGACGCUUGCGAACGAUGGAGCACCGACUGAAAAUCUAUACGGUUGCGACCUACAGCCGGACUUCAUCGACCUCGGCUAUGAGUUGUUUCGGGAUCGAGAAAAGCUCAAGGCGAGCUUCUUGACAGCGGAUAUCUUCGACCCUGAGUCAGCGCUCACGAAUAUCCAAGGUCAGAUGGAUAUUGUGUAUGCAGGGUCAUUCUUCCAUCUGUGGGGAUACGAGAAACAAGUCCAAGUCUCCAAAGCCGUGGUCGCGUUACUGUGCCCGCAACCAGGCUCGAUGAUACUCGGUCGACAGGUCGGAGCCACCGAGCCCCUCGAGAAGGAAGGUCCUACAGGCACGAUGUAUCGACAUAAUGUGGAGAGCUUUCAGAACAUGUGGAAAGAGAUAGGCAAUGAUCUCGGUAUCAACUUCACCGUGGAUGCCAAGCUCAAGCCGCUGGACCACGGUAACCGUCCGGCCGACACCUACUUCUACACCGACGCCCAGCGCCACCCCAAAGCCAACGCCAUCGUCUACGCCGAGGCCUACAUCGUCAUCGACCCCAAUACCGUCUUCGUCUUCGACGCCCAAGCCGUCUUCAUCUUCAACACCGAAGCCAUCCUCUUCGCCCACUCCUAUACAGCCUUCUUCCACGAUUGUAUCCUCAACUCUCGUCUCGAGCCCAUCUCCACCACGCCAGCCUACUACUUCGAGUCCAGCGGUACGAAGAACACGUUCCAAGCCUGUAGCGCGCUCUGCAAGGCCGAUAGCAAGUGCCUGAGUUUUGGCUACGGUGAAGCCAACUGCAUGCUUUUCGACGUUACUGCGUGA